GGAAGAGGAAAGAGUUUAUUCCUCUUGUUCCUUCUCUUACAUCUCAUUUUCGGUUCGAGUCUCCUCUAGCUAUGAAUCAGAGAUCCCGGAGCUCGAGGGCAAAGCCCUCGCCGUCGUCGGUCGACGAGCGGAUCCACCGCUUCCUGCGCCCCGGCGCACUCGCCCGCCUCCGCGACUCGAGGAUCAGUACCGCCAGAUCCGCCUCACUCGCACUCCUCGACCUCGCUCUCCCCUCCUUCCCUUCCCCGCAUGCGCCUCCACCUGCUCAGAUCGAUGGAGUCCGCCCUUUCUUCGCAUCCAGGACGUACGGCCCUCAAUUUCUGCGGCGGAAGAAGCUUGCAGCCGCCAAGUCCGUCUACAUAGCCCCCUCGAGCCCUGAUCUCGCGGAUCCCUUCUUGGAAGCUUUUGGCGUAGAUCUGGUUGCUGCAUAUUGAGCUUUACCCUUUUUUCUUCUAAUUUUCUUCCGAUUGUUUAUUUCCAAUCUCUAAUAACACACAAAAAAUGGUCCUUUAUCUACCUAUAUAUUCUGCUUAGGCUUUCUUUCUCUCUGUUUUAGCUGGCGAAACGGGGAACUUUAGAGAGCGGAUUCCAUGUAGAUUUAACUAAAGUUUGGAUUUUUCUAA